GGUGUUUUAACAGCUGCAUAUGAUACUCAACUCGAGUGGCUCAUUGUUAAAGGGAUAGCUGAUUUUGCAGAUGGAGAACAAGUGAAUGCAGAAAGUUGGGAAGCCUGUGCUAGUGCCAUGGCAGCAUCUCUUGUCUCACACAUACUAAGUGAUCCUGGUAUUUUCCGCUAUUGGCCAAAUUAUUCAGGUAUAAAUUCUUGUCAGUUAAUUAAAUGGGUUAUGAUAAAGCGUGGAGGUUACAGGCAAAAUUUGCUGUCGCUGAAAGAAAACAUGAAUCCUCUGAGAGAGAAAGUGAAGCAGCUCAGAUCCUGAGAUCAAAAGGCACGUCAAUAUUUUUCUCCGAUAUUCCAUCUUCAUUGCGGCAUGAAAUUAAGCGUUAGUAAGAAGCACUUGUGAGGGUUGUCGUUGUUUCCUUAACUGUCAGUCACUCAACUUUUACUCUAGCUCUUCAGUUGAGAGUUAAACAAACUUUAAGAAAAUGUUGAUCGUCGGGGUGCAUGUUUCUGGUAAAAACCCGAGAUUGUACAUUCUUUUCGUAGCGAUAAACAUUGCGUAUUUACUACGAGGUACGGCACAAAACGCUAAUGAUGUUUUUGCCUGGAUCUUUCAGUGAAUGAUCAGACUCAGCUUGAGAGUGGUAGGAAGCAGAAGCUAGCUGAGCACCACAUUGCAGGUAAUAUAUUAACAAAAAAAAUUAAAAUAUUCCUCUUUAUAACCCUGACCUACUUUCUCUGUACCGCUCUUUGCUUCACUUUCGUUUUAGAACGCAAUGAGUGGAAAUGAGCAAAAAAAAUUUCACACGAGACGCGUAUAGCCCCUCAAAUGCACCUUAUGCACAGAGCUGGUUUAAUUCAGUCCAUACUUUUGCCCACAAUCACAAAAUCAAAUGAAGAUAAUGUGGUAGUACCGAAAUUAAUCCGCCCAACUCAGCAUCAAAUUAUGUUGUGUCUCCAGCUAUUAAAAUUAACGUUAAAGUUGGAAAGCCUUUUCGCCUAGACCGUGAAUCAAUUUUGGUAAUUCCAUAUAAAAAUUUACCAAACUCCGCCAAGGAGGUAACCGUUUGUGAUGUUUUAUACCAUUCUAUGUUGCUGUAAGCCGCGAAGUUAUGACCGAAUUGCAAAUGAUUUACAGCUACCCAAAUGACCUUGCGAGGCUUGAGGUCUUGAAAUACCGCAACGUUAACUGAAAUAGAUGUAUGUGAAGUGGCCUGAGUCUCAACCAACUGUUUUCUUCACCAGGUGCUUUGUGCGAUGACCAGAGCUCAACACAAAUCAAAAGGGGAAUGUUUACUCCCCACACAUCUGAGCAAACUGAAUCCACAACCCAGCAGCAUCUUGCAGGUAUCUCUAACCAUGCAUUGAAUUGUGUCACUUAAUAAUAUAUGAUCAGCUAAUGGUCCGUAUUACACUACAUCCUAAAAAAGAUUGCUUACAAUUGUGCCACGGGGUAAAGUUUUUACCUUUAAUAAAGCUUAUGCAAUUUGAGGAGUGGUUAAUUUUUAUAAAGAAAAAGAUACUGUCUUGUCCCUAAUUAGUUGUGAAAACUAAAUACAUUGACACAUUAAUAAAGCUUUUACUUACCUAUUUUUACUUACUUUGGAAUUCUAAGGUACGGUAAACCUGGCAGCAAAAAAACGCACAACCGUGUUGUUUUCAAAAAUUACUGCAAAACGAGUUGAAUUCGAGCUCAAACUUGUCUUGCAACAAAUCAAGUUGUAGCAGGUUUGCGAAAUGUUGAGGCAGAAAAUGGACAGUACUUCUACUUUUUGCAGGAAAAUCUGUACAAGGUGCCCGUUUUACUGGCCCCUGUUUUCCAAAUGUGACGUAACUCUCGUGUAUGGCGUGAUUUCGCGAAAUUUCAUCCAAUCAGAAGUUACUAUUCACGCAACUUACAACAACCAACGCAACCCAAAAGGGGAAUGUUUUCUGUCAGUAUAUCUCAGCUAACUGAAUCCAGAAGCCAGCAGCAUUUUGUAGGUUUCUCUCUCUAAAGCUCUAAAAGGUCGCGGAAUUUUAAAGACGUUUGGGUGGUGGAGAGAAAAUUCUUCGAUCCCUCACCAUACUAAACUUUUGGAGAGUUUGUGGGUGGGACUACUGGGACUAUUAACUUCGCUCCGGUUCUGGACGUAUCUCCUUUAUAUCAACCCUCGGAUGUACACACAAAGUCAUACCCCCAUCGUGGAACAAGGGGGUGGGGUGGAACCCCUCCCCGCGGUUUUUGAUAUGUUGCAGUAUUUCGAAACGAUUUUACCUUUAGUGGAAAGCCUUUAAUCUUCCUAACAACAUGAGCUAUAUUUUAUGGGUGGUGGCGCUGCUGGAGGCCUGUGACGUCAACAACAAUGGGCGCAAUCUUGGCCGCCAUCUUGGAUUUUGCGAAGAAUUACGAAUCAGGUUAAAACCGCAAGAAAUAGUAAUUUUUUGUGCUUUACAUGAAAAAUAACACAUUAAUAAACACUUUGCAUGAUUUUAGCCACAAGAUUCACUUUUAUUGUUGAAAAAAGUUAAAAAACAUGUACUUUCACUAAAAAAUGGCUUAACCACCUGCCACUUUUGACGUCAUAUCUCGUAACCAUAGCAACUGACCAUCACUGAACGUGCGCGAGGAAUGAACGAACAGCUACUGAAAACAUCAGGUGCUGCUGUUUUAUCCUCUAGGAAAAAACUCAGAAAAACCUUAUUGGGGAAGGGGGUGGCAUCCACCUCCCCCCCUUGUACGUCCGAGGAUUAAAAACCUAAUGGGAGUUGGCAUCCAGCCCCCCCUUGUACGUCCGAGAGUUAAGCUUGAAAAGUCUACCAAUUUUAAGGCGCUAUUUCCAGCAGUACCGAUGGAUCUUUUCAGUACUGGUCUUAAAACAAAACUCACUAAAAAAAACUUCGAAGGGUCUAAUUUUAAGUCUAUACUUUUAAAAGGACUCAAAGGCUUACGUUGGUUUAUGUAAGUCUAUGUUAUCUUUACCAAAUUAAUGCCCCCUCUAAGACCCGAUUCAGACGCUGAACGUUUCAUGAGCCGAACCUAAUUUGAAUUAAGGCCGACCCUUUUAGACCGGCGGUAUUGAUUCAGACGCCGAUCUUAACUCCAGCCGAACUAAAUUCAAAAGAAGAAGAAUGCUCAUUUUGGUCAAACUGCUUGCAAAAUACGUUAUUAUAAUUUAUGCAUUAGGUUCGGUGCAUGAAAAGUUCGGCGUCUGAAUCAAAGCCGUUCCAAAGUCGUUCCACAGUCGAAAUUUCCGGCCGGGCUAGGCGUGAAGAACGGCUGAGCCGUUCCAAAUUGAAAUCGGGUGUUCCUAAUUGAUUCAGACGCUGAACUUUUCAUGUACUUAAUUCAAUGUAUUAGGUUCGGCCCAUGAAAAGAUCGGCGUCUGAACCGGGCCUAAGGAUUCUUUGGAUAUCCCGCCCCACCACCACCCCUCCAAGAAUAGUAUCCUAUAUCGAUCUUUAACUCGAGCUCGUUAGUUUUGAAAAAACAAAAGCGUAUCGAUCGUAUGCAACGUACAGAGCAAGUGCUUAAAUGGGCGGCCUUUAUGACAGUGUGAUGAUACCAAAUCGAUCUUAUUUACAGUAUUUUGUCUUUUCCAGGGGUAGGAAGCAUCAUAGAAAGGAUUCGUCAGCUUUACAAACGUCGUGAAGGACGGCUGGUACCAUUUCCGUGGUGUGAUGACCUUAAUUUUAACCUGAAUGAAAUUUUCACCCGACUGAAGAUCGUAAAGAAAGAGAAAACACGAGGAACAUUGACCGAUGAUGAAAUCACCAACAUGACCGCUAUCUUUAGACCCCACCAUGAUUGCCAGAAACCACGGAUUCUUUUGAUUGAAGGGGAACCUGGCAUGGGAAAAACCACCUACUCACAAAAACUGGCGUAUGACUGGGCAAAUGAACAAGAUGAAUGGGACGAGUCUUUUCCAUCAAUUGAAGUGCUGCUCUUGCUUCGAUGCAAUGAUAUCAAAUCUGGCAUCUGGGAAGCGAUUGACGAUCAACUUCUUCCUGAUGAUAUUGACAAAGAGGCUAAAGAGAAUUUUUUCAAAUACAUCCGGGAAAAUCAGGCAAAAGUUCUGCUACUUCUUGAUGGUUUGGAUGAAGCAGAUUCCCGUAAACUAGACAUGUACUACUCGCUCGUUCAGAGUAAACUCCUCGCCUCUUGUCACAUUGUCAUUACUUCUCGUCAUGAGGUUGGAAAGAAAGUAAGGCCAUACUGUGACACCCUGUGGGAGAUUGUAGGAUUUACUAAAGAGGAUGCGGAAAGUUUCAUCACAAAGUAUUUUAAAGACAAAGGACAUUUGGCUGAGAAGCUGAGAAAACGAUUGACGCUUCCAUGGUAUCUGCAUGAUGAUCAACUUGGAAACUUAGACGAGUUAACGAAAAAUCCACUUAAUACAGCUUUACUCUGUUGUCUUUUCGAGGAUUUUGAAGGCGUUCUUCCAGCGAGCAGAACUCAAUUGUACGUUGAAAUUGUUCUUUUUGUUUUGAGAAGAUAUGAAGAAAAAAACGGACUUGAAAGCAGCAGGGAAGACUUGAUUUCAGUUUAUAGGAAAGAACUUUUGCUUCUGGGAACCUUCGCGUUCGAAUCCCUCCGUAAAGGGGAGUUACACUUUGAAAAAAGGGAAGAAAUCGUCAAGUCCAUCAAUUUUGGAUUCUUUUCGUUUCAGAAAGGUGGAACCAAGCGCAAACCUUGCACUCGUUGUGCUUUUUUACACAAAAGCUUUCAAGAGUUUUUUGCUGGAUUUUAUCUUGCGUUUCAGAUUAUCAACAAUCAGAUUGAUUGUGCCUCAGUUAUAGCCGAUGAGCGAUAUUUGAAUGAACUGAACCAUGUGUUUUUGUUCAUGGGUGGAUUCAUAGCUUCACAAAGCCAGGAAACUGCAGUAACUUUGGCUACUAGUUUAACGAAACACAUCAAUUCCCUUCGGCUCAAUUCAGAGGAACGUCGUUAUGUCACAUAUUUAACUUGCGAGUGGUUAUUGGAGUGCUCAAUCCUCGAAGAAACCCUUAAAGCUCUCCUUGUUUGUACUAUAGGUAGCCACCUUGACUUAUCUUCAAUGACUUGCGGGGAUUUCUCCGAACAUGGAAUAAAUGAUGCUUUUGCUGCAGCGAUUUCCCAGGCCCUCACAACCUCCUCCCUGACUGAUUUGUUUUUGAGUGGAAACAGUAUUGGUGCCUCUGGUGCUAUUUGUCUUUCUCAGGCCCUCAAAUCAAACUCCUCCCUGACUGAAUUGGAUUUAAGUGGAAACAGUAUUGGUGACGCCGGUGCUUCUUCUCUUUUUCAGGCCCUCACAGCAAACUCCUCCCUUACUGAACUGGAUUUGAAAGGUAAUAGUAUCGGUGAAGAUGGUGUUUCUUGUCUUUCUCAGACCUUGACAGCAUUUUCAUCCCUUACUGAAAUGGAUUUGUCUAAGAACAGUAUUGGCGACGCCGGUGCUUCUUAUCUUUCCAAGGCCCUAACAGCAAGAAAUUCAUCCCUUACUUUUCUGGAUUUGUCUCGUAACAGUAUUGGCGACGCCGGUGCUUCUUAUCUUUCCAAGGCCCUAACAGCGAGAAAUUCAUCCCUCACUAUUCUGAAUUUGUCUAGGAACAGUAUUGGUGACGCCGGUGCUUCUUGUCUUUGCCAGGCCCUGACAGGAAACUCAUCCCUUGCUAGACUGGAUUUAAAUUUUAACAGAAUUGGUUACGCCGGUGCUUUUUAUCUUUUGCAGGCCCUCACAGCAAACUCCUCCCUCUCCGACUUAAGAUUAGAAGGGAACCGUAUUAGGGACGCCGGUGCUUUUUCUCCUUCUCAGGUGCUCCCAAUAAAUUCCUCACUGACUUUGUUGUCAUUGAGUCAUAACAGUAUUGGCGACAAUAGUGCCUCCUAUCUUUCCCAGGCCUUGACAGCAUUUUCAUCCCUUAAUGAACUGGGUUUGUCUAGUAAUAAUAUUGGCGACGCCGGUGCUUCUUGUCUUUGCCACGCUUUCACAGCAAACUCCUCCCUGACUUGUUUGAGAUUGACUGAAAACGAUUUUGGCAAGGCAUUUGCUUCUUCUCUUUUCCAGGCCCUAACAGCAAACUCCUCCCUGAAAUAUUUGCAUUUGUGCUCUAACAAUAUUGGCGACGCUGGAGCUUUUUGUCUUGCCAAGGCCCUCACAGCAAACUCCUCCCUGAAAUGUUUGCGUUUGAGCUCUAACGGUAUUGGCGACGCUGGAGCUUCUUAUCUUGCCAAGGCCCUCACAGUAAACUCCUCCCUGACUUGUUUGAAUUUGGAUAAAAACAGUAUUGGCGAGGCAGGUGCUUCUUCUCUUUCCCAGGCCCUCACAGUAAACUCCUCCCUGAAAUUUUUGCAUUUUUGCUCUAACAGUAUUGGCGACGCUGGAGCGUCUUGUCUUGCCAAGGCCCUCAAAGCAAACUCCUCUCUGAUAACUUUGUAUUUGUCUAAGCACCGUUUCGGUGAUGCUGGUGCAGCUUCUUUAAAGGAGGUGCGUAAG